AUGGCUUCUCAAAGAGCAUUUGUGCAAGCCCUUGUGCUUGGAGCACUUCUAUUCUUCACUGGCCCUGCCGCCGCAGCUCGCGCCUUGGAGGACGACGGUUCUGCUGAGCUCAAGGAGGACGCAUUCCAGCCCCUCUUUUCCAUCACCUCCGAAAACGAGGUUCCGGAAGAAGACAUCGCGGUCUCAGCUUCCAACUCGAACUUUGUCGCAAAUGGAGGCAGCCAGAGCGUGUGCCAGACCAUCUGCAAGAACGAGGUAAAAGUAAACUUCUUUUCCGAGGCGACUGGCUACAAGAGCAGCCUCGACUUCGACUUCUUCUACAGCCCAGGCGGCGAAAAGUGCUCAAACGACGGCAUUUGGUGCGUCAGGCUCCGCAGCUUUGACGGGGGCGCCGCAAAGGUUUCCGCCCAAUUCCGGUACGGCGGCAGGACCUCCUCCUGGGUGACCCUGCGAGGCAAGGCGAAGUGUGGCUCCACCGGAACGCCCCAACGCGAAACCUGCCGUGCGACCUUCAAAGACGCCUUUUUCAACUUCUGA